GUCUUCUUGGACAAAGAAACAUGCGGACACCCAUGAAAUAAAAUUUUUCUUAUAUGGUAGUGCUUAUAUCUCUGAUUAUAAUUUUUGCUAUCGAUAUGUUACAAACCACUGUUUCGAUCAUUCAAUGUUUACAUAGUUGUGACAGGCGAUAUGGCGGAAAAUACGCCAGAGAGUGAUCUGGGAAGUAUAGAAUGUUUUCAGAAUUAUACUGCGCCCGAAGUUUUUAUUCAGGGCUUGGCUGGCAUAGUUGAUCAACAGGAUGUUGAAGCAAUGAUUAGAGCUCAGAAACAAAUGUUACAAAGAUUUGAAAAGACAAAUGAAAUGCUGACAAAUUGCAAUGCUCUCUCAGUAACUAGACUGAAGUCAGCAGGGUCGGAAUUCAAGAAACAUACGCAGCUGCUUCUGGAGAUGAAAAAAGACUUAGAUAAUAUUUUUAAACGCAUUAGAAUUUUAAAAACUAAAUUGAGUGCUCAGUAUCCGCAGGCUUUUGCAGCUGCAGCUGAACAGCAAACUGCUCAGAAUCAGAACAUAAAUAAGUCUACGUACCUGAAAGAUCCUGAACAUUUACCUGAUGCUGGAAGUUUGUCUGAGCCUGGAGAUACAUGCUCCAGUAGUUUUGCUGACCAUGGUGAGACGAUGAUGAGGAUGAAGAGACACACAGAAGAGAACGGAUAAGGAGAGGCAACAGUUCUUCUACAGAUAGUGCCAAUGGAAACAGUAACAAUGACACAUCACCAUGCACGUCUGAUACAGGAUGAUUUAUGCUAUAUAUUGCAAGAAAUAUUUUUCUAAUGGUUUCAAUCUGUUAAUGAGAACAUCUCUUUUUGGAUCGAGUCAUAUUAAAUGUAUAUACUGUGUUACUGGAGCUAUGAAGAACAAAAGGGCAUUACAUUCUAGUCAAUUUUUAUUGUACAUACCAAGUAAUAUAAGAUAACGAAAUGUGUGAAGUUUUUCUGCCAUUCCAAAAUAAUAAAAUAUAAUGCAACUCCACAAAGCAAACAUGUGAAGUAAGAUGUAUGAACACCUGCAAGCACUAUAUAACACUUGUUCUGACAGAUGAAAAUGAGUACCCAACAAAAUUGAAGUCUGUUGUGUGUGAGGAGCAAGUUAGACUAAAACUGGAGAGCUGAACAGUGCCAUGUUGAAGGGACUAUGUAAGUAAAAUGAAUGAUAUUUUACC